AUGGCACGUACGCCAACCCCUGCUCUGAGACCCGAAGGACCAGGACAAGAUCGGACCGGAGAUUAUACGGAUUCCAUCUUGUCCACCACACAGCCGUCGUCUCACCGUCCAUCUCCGAAGAGACCAACACCCCCGUCGGAUGUUCAAAACCCUACCUCGUCUGGGUCUGGUAUGAUCAAUCAAGUAUGUCAAACGUUGGAGGAGCAUGCGAUGGUGGUGGACAGUCAGCAUUCUGAUCAUAUGAGGUUGCUCAAGCAGCUCCAACAGUCAAUCCAGAACAUUGUUCAAGAUCACACGCAAAAACAAUCCAUCAGCGCUCACGAUCUGGUUCGGACGAGGGAACAAUUAAUCCAAGCGAGAUCCGAAAGGGAUGUCGCCGUACGUCAACGAAACCAACUCGAAAGGUCUUUGAGAUCUCUGCAGACCCGAUACGAACUCGAGCUUACCAACGUCACUGCUUUGAACGCUCAAUUGGGAGAGAUGGAUGCGUUACAGGAUCGAAUAGCUUUGUUAGAGGAUCAGCUCGUUGAUCUCGGUCAUAUCCCAGUCGGCAAGGGAUAA